AUGGGCCACGUCUCGCAGCACUUCCCCCCGUGCCCCUCCGCGCAGGACGUGCAGCCGUGCGCGCUCCGCUCCCCGCGAUACACGCGCGCGGGGCUACCACACGUGCUGCGGGAGGGCGGGCUGCAGCACGUGCUGCAGCGCGUGGGGCUGUGGCCCGCGCCCAUGGCCCAGCACCACCGCCUUCCCCCGGGCUUUCCCCCACCCCCCGACCGUCAUGAUGCUCGCAUUCACCUUGGUAUGGCCCUCGCCGCCCCUCUCCGCUCUCCUCUCCAUCCCGCACCUGCCCUCGCGUCCGCAGGUGUGGGCGUGGCGGUGUCGGGCGGAGUGGACAGCAUGGCACUCGCGCUCACGGCCGCGCUCAUGCAGCGCGCACAGCAAAGCCAGCAGCAGCAGCAAGGAGAGGGGGGGGAGGGGGGAGCAGGGGGGUUGCGCGUGGUGGCGAUGGUGGUGGACCACGCACUGAGGCCGGGCAGCGCACACGAGGCCAUGCGCACCGUCGCAUGGCUCUCCCUCCUAGGGCUGCAGGCAGUGCUGCUUACGUGCCACUGGCCGCACGGCCCGCCCCCUCCCUCGCGCCUGCAGCAGGACGCCAGGGCGCAGAGGUACGAGCUGCUACAGCGUGAGUGUGAGGAGCGGCGGCUGGGCGUGCUCAUGACGGCGCACCAUGGCAACGACCAGGCGGAGCUGCUCCUCCUGCGCCUCGCGCGCUGCAGCGGCAUGGACGGCCUCGCAUGCAUGCCCCUGCUCUACCCGCUCCCCCCCUCGCCCCCGCCUCUGCUGCCCUGCUUAGCACCCGUGCAUGCGCAUGGCAGCAUGGGCAGCAGCACGGGUGGCACCAGUGGUAGCAACGGCAGGAGCUGCACGACUGGGUUGAGCAGCAGCGAGGGCAUUGUGGUGCUGCGCCCGUUGCUGGGGGUGUGCAAGCAGCAGCUGGUGGCGGUGUGUGAGGCCCACGCACAGCCCUGGAUCGACGACCCCUCCAAUGCCUCCUCACUCUUCCUGCGCAACCGCAUUCGCCACGCCCUCGCUGCCCUCCCCCCGCACCAUGCCAGUGCGGUGCACGCGGCAGCGCACGGCAUGAGUGAGGUGGCGGCUGCCAUGCGCUCCCAUCGCCUCACAGCAGCACGCCGCCUUGCUGCUGCCGCCCUGCUCCCUGCCUCUGUCAGUCCCUCUCCUCCCACCUCUGUCACUCCCACUCUCCUCGCCUCCGGCACUCCCGUGCGCUGUGCUGCAAGCAUGUUACAGCUGUGUCAUUGUGCACGUCCUCUCUCAUCUGCCCCUCGCAUGUCACUGCGCAAGCCCCCCCCACCCGUACUGGCCUGUACGUUGCUUGCCCCGUGCUGCCUGUUGCAUGGGAGCCAUGCACGGCUACGGUGUGAUGCGAUGAGUGGGCAUGUGUGUGGGUGGUGGCAGGGAGGCGCCGUGCACAUCAGCAUCGUGGAGCUGCUGGCACCGCACUGGUGGCACGACACGCGCAUGCAUGUGCUGUCACUCCUUCUCCAGGUGCCGUGCCAACCAUCGCAUGCAUGCAUGUACAGCCUCGUCAAUGCCCUCCACCGCUGCUCGCCGCCUCUGCUCCCUUCCCUUACACCACAUGUCACUGUGCCUCCUGCGUGCCUGGCAGCACGUGGCCCAGAGGCCCUACCCCCCGCGCACUCGUGGCGUGCGUGCGCUGCUCCAUCGAAUGCGCCUCUACCUCACGGUAUGCCACAUGCUGCCUCCCUGCACUCUCCACUCCUCCUCGACCCCUGUCACCAGCCACCGUUGUCCUAUCCCACUGUGUGCCUGCCAUGCCACACACCCAUUGGUCUCCCUCUCGCCAUCUGUGUGCACGGAGUGCAUGCAGCAAGAGUCCAAAGAGCUCCACUCGCACCCUCGCCUGCAUUGCCCCCCAUGCUCCGCGCCCUGCUCGCCCACUGCCCUCCUGCCCCACUGCGCCACCCUUGCGCCACGCACCUGCUGCUGCGCACCACGUGUCAUGACGACCACCCCUGUGCUGCUGCCGCUGCCGGCAUUUCUAUCCUGCAUGCUCGUAUGACCAACCGUUGA